GGGCUCCCGCCGCUGCGAUGGAGCAGACGUGCUCCGGGCGCCGCAGGGCACACACCUACUGAGCUGCCACGUUCGCCUCGCCUCCCGCAAUCUGCCACCGGCGCUGCCCGGACCCAUCGAGCCCACCAACCAGCCUCGGUACCUCCCGGCUCUUACCGCCACCCAAGGGGCAGAAGAGGAGCUGGCCACGCCUGCAGUGCUUGGCCAGACCCAGAAAACUCUUCCCUGACAGUGUCCAGCUCCGCACGGAGCCACGGGUAUCAUGGUCUACAAGGCUCUCAUCGCUCUCUGCAUCUUCACCGCAGGACUGAGGAUACAGAGUGCACCAACGUCAGCCCCCUUGCCUGUUUCUCUUGCGGCAAAACCUACACCUACAGCCAUCUGGACUAGCUCUGCACAGCACACUGCCAAGGCCAUCACCCCCACAGCCAGUGGCACUCACAAUGCCUCAGUCCUCCCCACUACUGCUGCAGCCCCGACAUCUCUGCUGGCCAAGAACAUUUCCACUGAGCCCAGAGAAGCUGUUACCAGCCCAGCUUUGAAUUUGGAAGGCACCAACACAGACCCCUCACCUGCAGGGUUCUUUACAAGCGAUGGUGUCCACUUGACACCGACAUCUGAAGACCACAGCCUGGACGGUCCUGAAGCAAGCGUACCAGCUGCCGGGUCACAGUCCCCCAUGCUCAUCACCUCACAGGCUCCAGUCUCAUCCUCCUCAUCCCCAGCCACUUCCCCACCUGAAGUUCUUUCUGCCUCUGUCACCUCUGACCACAGCUCCACUGUGACCAGCACCCAGCCCACAGAAGCCCCCACAGCACCCGAGUCUCUAACAGAGGGGCACAGCUCUGGUCACAUAUCUACUUCCCAUGACACAGCUGAGCCCGUGCCCAAGGAGAAAACACCCCAAGACACUGAGCCAGGCAAAGUGAUCUGUGAAUCUGAAACCACCACCCCUCUUCUGAUCAUGCAGGAAGUGGAGCAUGCAUUAAGUUCAGGCAGCAUCGCCGCCAUCACUGUGACAGUCAUUGCUGUGGUGUUGUUGGUGUUUGGAGUUGCAGCAUACCUAAAAAUCAGGCAUUCCUCCUACGGAAGGCUUCUGGAUGACCACGACUACGGGUCCUGGGGAAACUACAACAAUCCUCUGUAUGACGACUCCUAACAGAAGAAGGUGGCUGAGGACAAAGAACAACUGUCCUUUAUUUAUAAGUGCUUACCCAGUAGAAUUAAUAACAAGUACCUGAUGCGCAUUGAACGACAAUCUCAAGCCCUGUUUUGUUGGAAUGGUUGUUUUUGUUUUCCUCCCUCUCCUCUGGCUGCUACGAUGUCCCCUUUGUGACAUGAAAGAACCAUUAUGUAAAGGUGAGUGCAGGCCAAUUUGCAGCUGAUGCACGGUUUAUCCUUGCACUGACCAGGACAAACACCAUGAGAUGGAGGCUGUGGUCCCCGCCACAAGACUUGCUUUAGAAAAACUGAGGAAGAGGGCCUGGGUUGCUUUGUUGGGGGGUUAGUUUGGGGGGAACUUUUUGGUUUUGGUUAUUUCUUAACUUUCUCUAUAAGAAAUUAUAUUAAGUAUCAGUGAGGAGAAAGGAAAUAAACCCCUGGAGGAUUUCACCCUGCAUGGAAGAAGCAGGGAUUUCUUGAUUCCUUUUUUGUCUCAUUUGCCUGAUGUGUCUGACGGGACACCUGCUUAGUUCUACAAGCAGAUAGCCAAUUCUUAGCUGCCUGUUUAAGGAAGAUGAAAAAGGCUGUACUCUGGAGGAAGCCAGCAGGCAUGGGCAAAGUAAUAGAUUGCUCUCUGAUCUCCACACACCCUCAACUUGUUCAACCCCAUCCGGGUAACUGGGAUCCCAACCCAGUUCCCAGAAAGCUGGGAGGCCAGCUUAAGGGAGAGAACAGGAGAGGCAUGUGGAGGGUAAGGGGUAGAAGAGGGAGGGAGAGAGGGAAAGAAGCGUGCAUGCGUCACUGACUUGUUUGCAAGUGGAAACCAGCUCACCAUGGUUGUAAGAGAGCUCCACAGCCUGGAGGAGCCUCUAGAACUCCCUUUAUACCCACAAAGCAUCUGUUUCACUGCCUUAUUGUCUGUUGGGUAACUUAUGACUGUAAGCUGUUUUCAAAAAUGAAAAAGAGACACUAGUCUAUCUGCCAUUGCUUAAUGGGGCACUUACAUAGGAAAGAGACACAGGGAAUAAUCUGUGUAUUCUCCCACACACUUACCUUAUCCAUUCUUCCCUUUAAUAAAUGAACACCUGAGGGUCUCUACUCUCAAAAUCCUGCAUGACAGAUUUUGAGAAAUAGUCGUUCAUCUUUGAAGGCAUCCAUUUAUUCCACUCGUUCUCAAUCAGAAGAUGAUUUUUGCCUCCCCACCCAGGACACUUGAAAAUUUCUGGCAACAUUUUUCUCGCAACGUUGCUGCUUAACAUCCUCUGUUGCACAGGACAACCCCCCAUGACAAAGAACCUUGUAGCCCCAAACACUGAGGGCUGAGGCAAAGAAGGCCUGAUUCAUUGCAAUGCCCCUGUGACAGGAAAGAAUUCUAUAUUACUGAUACCUUUUUUGUUGUUGUUCUUAACAAAAUGAAACGUGUCAAAGUUUUGUCUUCAAAGUAUUUACUUUGUUGACUGAGCAGGUGAUUUGUGUUAUGGAUAGUUACCUUUUGUUUUUUGUUUUCUAGAAUGUUCUCUUUCAGGGUUACAUUUCUGUUCUAACACACAGUCUCUUGUGUUCUGAUUUCAUGUAACAGAAAACACAUACUUUAUUGUCCUAUGAUAUCUCAGAGACCUUAAAAACACAUCAAUUUUGAUUCCUCAAAUGGAUCUUGCCCCUAUGACUCUCUUGAAAAAACCACUCUUACCAUGCUGUCCUGAACCUCUCUCCUGCCAGAGACCAUGAGCAGGUCUGCUUCCCACAACCUGGCAUCCCACUCUCUGGGGAAAACUAUCCCUAAACCCUGCAGGUGCCAAAGGGAAAGAUAAAUUGUCAAAAGUCUUCUACAAGCAGAAUGGGUAGCAAGGAAUAGGUUUGCAGGAAUUAAGACAUCCCAGAAUAUGAAACAUCAAACGCAUGCAAAAAUGGACCUCCUCAGAAAAGUAGCAAGGGCAAGAGCACACCCUCUGGCCACGCUUGGCCUAGACAACUGUCCCUCUAUCCUGCCGUGACCCCUCCUGGGAUUUCAGUUUUGCAAAUAACAAGCCAAAACACACAGGGUAUUCCACGCCUUUUUUCUCUAUCAGCCAAAAAUGUUUUAGCACAUGACACAAAGCUCUCUGUGAAACAUCUAUGGAGGAACACACGUCUGGGUGUUGAUCUGGGAUAAAUGCUAGGCCAGAGGGACCAGCCUUUUCCCAGGAACAUAACAAGCAUUAGAAACCAGUAACACAGCAAACUUUUUUUCAACACUAGAAGCUGCCAUUCAUUGCGUGUGAUUGGUUGCUGUUCUGAUUAACUUCUAAAUGCUUAUCGCAAAGAAUUUGAGCAUAAGCAGUUUUAUCCAGCCAGGUGACACCUUCCUCUUAAAGCUGAAGAGCACUCCUUCUUAACGUUUGUUAGUAUAAAAUGCAAAAAUGCAAAAGAGUGAGACCUUGUUUUGCCAAAUAUGUUUUUUCUGCUUUUGAAUUGGACAAAAGAUUUCAGCAACUUUAUUCUAUAAAUAUUGCUUAUAAUCUACACACACACACACACACACACACACACACACACACACACAUAAAGCACACACCUGAAUAUAUGCCAGUAACUUAUGUCCUUUACCUCAGGGAGAGUCUGUUCAAGUCUACCCAAGGAAAUGAAUGACUCUGGUAGAUCUCAACAACCACACCCCCUCGUGGAUAGGACUGGCCAUAAUGCUUUGGAAAGAAUGCCAGAGUGGGGUGGGCUGGGGGGGCAGGGAGGCAAGGAGCCUCUUCUCAAUAGACUGCAAAUGAUCAAAGGCUGAUAUUCAACUUCCCUUUCUUUUCCUGUGGCCCUGGUGGAAUCCCUGCCCCCUACACAGCCGUGUCUUCAUUUAUAAAAUGGGAGUGACGCUUUCAUAUCAGCCUCACCUCAUCAUACCUCACAAAUGUGUUGUGAGGAUUAAUGAAAUUGUAUCUACAGUGUUUUCAGUUUCUGGAGAAAAAAAAUAUUUAUAGACAUUUCAAGUAUUAUAUAGCUGUAUGUGUGACUCGGUUUCUUAUUUGCUGUUAUACUGGUGUGUUGUUUUCACCUAUUCUAUAAAACUACAGUUAUGUCAUGGCCACAUCAAAUGGCUUCAGAGCUCCGAACUUUUCUCCUGUGCACCUGACUGAUGCUGGGUCAGUUGUUCCUGGGAUCACGAAGAUGAUUUCUACCUUCAACCAAAAAGACAGCCCAGAACACAGGUCUCACAGACUUGGAUCAGGAUCCAGGAGGUUAGGGUGAGCACUAUCAGCAGGAGACCUCUGGCCUUUGGCCUUCACACCCUGAGGUCUUCCAGAUUCUCUAUGGAGCAGAUUGUGUUUUAAUGUCAUCUGUUUGCUCUUCAUCUUGCUUGCGAGGAUGCACGGUUCAAUCCUGUGCAUCUUGGAAAUGAAUUCUGCGACUGGUCCAGAUGCUAAUUUGCACGUUGAUUCACCUUCUUUGCCUUUAAUCUUUUUUCAGGGGCAAAUGAAUGUACCAUUUCCACUUUGAUCUUGAAAGUGUUAGUUGAUAUUGGCUCAUUGCCAGAUUUCUUUCUUGGAGUAAGUUAGCUCACAUUAUUGAAAAAUGGAAAGGUGUGCAACUUCUUUGACAUUUGAUGUCAUCAUAUCUACGUUUGUUGUGAGACACUGCAUACCAAUUAUAAUUCUACCAAUUAAAGUUGUUAAAAGCUUGU